CCGCCUGCAGGCCGCGGGCCGCACUGCCCGGAGCCCCGGAGCCCCGGAGCCCCCUCAGAUGCGGGACCGGAGCAGAGACGGCCCUGGCUCCCAUGAGGAUGAUCCAUCCAAAGCCGCGGCACUCCUCAGCCUGGCGCCGCCCGCCCGCCGUCUCCGUCGGUCAGCAAUAGCGACUCGGUGGCACCGGACAUCCUGGCCCGUCCCGGCCGAGCCCUGCGGCCGGAGAAGGAGGGCGAGGACGAGACGGCGACGGUGAAGAGGGAAGGUGAACGUGAGAACCGUCAUCUUCUGACCCGUUUCAACCCCCUGCCGGAUCUAAAAGGAUAAAGUGAAAGACGUCGUUCAAUUCAGAAAGGUCCAAAGAGCACGAUCACCGAAGAAGAGUGGGCAAGGAGAGAGCAUCAAGCAUUCUGCAGCCGAGCGAUAGCGACGUUACCAAUAUCGACGUUAACACUAUCGACGUCGGCCUUGGAGGAGAGGGAGGCGUGAGUCAGUGAUUUUGGUGGAAAUCCACAGAUUAAAUGCUCGGGGUGCGCCAUUUGCAUCUAUGUGGAGUUCUUUCUAAAAAUCAGCGGUGACAACUCAGAGCACUGAAGCGCUUGGCUCCUGGACUUCGUAAAGUUUACCGGGACGGGAAACAUUGCCGCCUCCUAGAAGUAUCGACCGCAGAGUUAAAGUUGCCGAAGAAGUCUACACUGACCCCCAAAGCAGUGAAGAUCUGACAUGAGGGAAAAGACAGCCAAACUGGUAAGCCCACAGCUGGGGGGCUUUGCCUCCCGGAGGCGUGACGACGGACCACCAGAUCCCUGGACCGGAGGGGCCUCUCAGUUCAUUUUGGAAGUGGAUAACUGCUCAAAUUACAAGAAUUUCAAGAGCUCUGAGGGCCCAUUUUGAAAGGAUCAUGGACGAACCAUCUACUUUGACCAAGCCCCUGGACCUGAAUCAGCACUCUCGCUUCAUAAUUGGCUCCGUGUCCGAAGAUAACUCGGAGGACGAGAUCAGCUCCUUGGUGAAGCUCGACUUGCUGGAAGAAAAGGAGGGGUCCCUGUCGCCGGCUUCCGUCUCCUCGGACACCCUGUCCGACCUGGGGCUCUCCGGCCUCCAGGAUGGCCCCGGUCUGGCUGUGCACAUGAGGCCCAGCAUGUCUGGCCUACACCUGGUAAAACAAGGCCGCGAUCGAAAGAAAGUAGACCUGCAGCGAGAUUUCACCGUGGCUUCUCCAGCAGAAUUUGUGACUCGUUUUGGAGGAAAUAAAGUUAUCGAGAAGGUUCUCAUCGCCAACAAUGGCAUCGCUGCCGUGAAAUGCAUGCGGUCUAUCCGCCGGUGGUCUUAUGAGAUGUUUAGAAAUGAGCGGGCCAUUAGAUUUGUGGUCAUGGUCACACCCGAAGAUCUGAAAGCCAACGCAGAGUACAUUAAGAUGGCAGACCACUAUGUGCCGGUGCCAGGGGGCACGAACAACAACAACUAUGCAAACGUGGAACUUAUUCUCGAUAUCGCGAAAAGGAUUCCGGUGCAGGCAGUGUGGGCUGGCUGGGGUCACGCUUCCGAGAAUCCCAAGCUUCCAGAACUCCUCCUUAAAAACGGCAUUGCCUUUAUGGGUCCUCCAAGCCAAGCCAUGUGGGCUCUGGGUGAUAAAAUCGCUUCCUCCAUUGUGGCCCAGACUGCAGGCAUCCCCACUCUUCCCUGGAGUGGCAGCGGUCUUUGUGUCGACUGGCAGGAGAACGAUUUUCAGAAACCCAUCUUGAACGUUCCCCAGGAGGUGUAUGAAAAGGGUUAUGUGAAGGAUGUGGAUGAUGGGAUGCUGGCAGCUGAGGAAGUUGGAUACCCAGUGAUGAUCAAGGCUUCAGAAGGAGGAGGGGGAAAAGGAAUCAGAAAAGUCAACAAUGCAGAUGACUUCCCUAACCUCUUCAGACAGGUUCAAGCUGAAGUGCCCGGCUCGCCCAUCUUUGUGAUGAGACUGGCCAAACAGUCCCGUCAUUUGGAAGUGCAGAUUCUGGCCGAUCAGUACGGCAACGCCAUCUCCCUGUUCGGCCGCGACUGCUCUGUGCAGCGCAGGCACCAGAAGAUCAUCGAAGAGGCGCCCGCCACCAUCGCGACCUCUGUCAUUUUCGAGCGCAUGGAGCAGUGUGCCGUGAAGCUGGCCAAGAUGGUUGGCUACGUGAGCGCGGGCACGGUGGAGUACCUCUACAGCCAAGACGGCAGCUUUUACUUCCUGGAAUUGAAUCCCCGGCUCCAGGUGGAACACCCCUGCACGGAGAUGGUAGCCGACGUCAAUCUGCCUGCCGCCCAGCUCCAGAUCGCCAUGGGAAUUCCUCUGUACCGAAUCAAGGACAUACGCAUGAUGUACGGGGUGUCCCCCUGGGGAGACGUCCCCAUUGAUUUUGAGAACUCCGCCCACGUCCCGUGCCCCCGGGGCCACGUCAUCGCCGCGCGGAUCACCAGUGAGAAUCCAGACGAGGGUUUUAAACCCAGUUCAGGAACAGUCCAGGAACUGAACUUCCGCAGUAAUAAGAACGUGUGGGGAUAUUUUAGCGUGGCGGCCGCCGGGGGACUUCACGAGUUUGCAGAUUCUCAGUUUGGCCACUGCUUCUCCUGGGGAGAGAACAGAGAGGAAGCAAUUUCAAACAUGGUGGUGGCCCUGAAGGAGCUGUCCAUCCGAGGGGACUUCCGAACCACGGUCGAGUACCUCAUCAAACUGUUGGAGACGGAGAGCUUCCAGCAGAACAGAAUCGAUACCGGCUGGUUGGACAGGCUGAUAGCCGAGAAGGUCCAGGCGGAGCGGCCCGACACCAUGUUGGGGGUAGUGUGCGGAGCCCUGCACGUAGCCGACGUGAGCCUGCGGAACAGCGUCUCCAACUUCCUGCAUUCCCUGGAGAGGGGCCAAGUACUGCCCGCUCAUACGCUUCUGAACACAGCAGACGUAGAGCUGAUCUAUGAAGGGGCCAAGUAUGUAUUGAAGGUGACCCGGCAGUCCCCCAACUCGUACGUGGUGAUCAUGAACGGCUCCUGCAUGGAAGUGGAUGUUCAUCGACUGAGCGACGGCGGGCUGCUCCUGUCCUACGACGGCAGCAGCUACACCACCUACAUGAAAGAAGAAGUGGACAGGUACCGCAUCACGAUCGGCAACAAGACGUGUGUGUUUGAGAAGGAGAACGACCCUUCUGUGCUGCGCUCCCCUUCGGCUGGGAAGUUGAUCCAGUACAUCAUAGAAGACGGGGGUCAUGUCUUUGCGGGCCAGUGCUACGCCGAGAUCGAGGUGAUGAAGAUGGUGAUGACUCUGACAUCUGUGGAGUCUGGCUGCAUCCAUUAUGUCAAGCGGCCCGGGGCCGCCCUGGACCCUGGCUGCGUGAUUGCCAAACUGCAGCUGGACAACCCUACCAAAGUUCAGCAGGCCGAACUGCACACCGGGAUCUUGCCACGGAUCCAGAGUACGGCACUGCGAGGCGAGAAACUCCACCGAGUCUUCCAUUACGUCUUGGACAACCUAGUCAAUGUAAUGAGCGGCUACUGUCUCCCGGACCCCUUCUUCAGCAACAGGGUGAAAGAUUGGGUUGAACGACUGAUGAAGACUCUUCGAGACCCUUCCUUGCCUCUCUUGGAGCUGCAGGACAUCAUGACCAGUGUCUCCGGACGCAUCCCUCCAAAUGUGGAGAAGUCCAUCAAAAAGGAGAUGGCCCAGUAUGCUAGCAACAUUACGUCGGUCCUCUGCCAGUUUCCCAGCCAGCAGAUUGCCAACAUCUUGGACAGCCACGCGGCCACUCUGAACCGCAAGUCUGAGAGAGAGGUUUUCUUCAUGAACACACAGAGCAUCGUGCAACUCGUACAGAGGUACCGGAGUGGCAUUCGGGGCCACAUGAAGGCCGUGGUAAUGGACCUGCUUCGGCAGUACCUGCGAGUGGAGACUCAGUUCCAGCACGGUCACUAUGACAAGUGUGUGUUUGCCCUUCGGGAGGAGAACAAGAGUGACAUGAACACUGUGCUGAACUACAUCUUCUCCCACGCUCAGGUCACCAAGAAGAACCUGCUGGUCACGAUGCUCAUUGACCAGUUGUGCGGCCGGGAUCCCACCCUGACCGACGAACUGCUGAACAUCCUCACCGAGCUGACCCAGCUCAGCAAGACCACCAAUGCCAAAGUGGCCCUGCGAGCCCGACAGGUUCUAAUAGCCUCCCAUCUGCCAUCCUACGAACUGCGUCAUAACCAAGUGGAGUCCAUCUUUCUGUCCGCGAUUGACAUGUACGGACACCAGUUCUGCAUCGAGAACCUGCAGAAACUCAUCUUGUCUGAAACAUCCAUUUUUGAUGUCCUCCCAAAUUUCUUCUACCACAGCAACCAGGUGGUGAGAAUGGCAGCUCUGGAGGUAUAUGUCAGAAGGGCCUAUAUCGCCUAUGAGCUCAACAGCGUACAGCAUCGUCAGCUGAAGGACAACACGUGCGUGGUGGAAUUUCAGUUCAUGCUUCCUACAUCCCAUCCAAAUAGAGGGAACAUCCCCACGCUAAACAGAAUGUCCUUCUCCUCCAACCUCAACCACUAUGGCAUGGCUCACGUGGCCAGCGUCAGCGACGUGCUGCUGGACAACUCCUUCACCCCGCCGUGCCAGAGGAUGGGGGGGAUGGUCUCCUUCCGAACCUUCGAAGACUUCGUCAGGAUCUUUGAUGAAGUGAUGGGCUGUUUCUGUGACUCCCCUCCUCAAAGCCCCACGUUCCCCGAGGCGGGCCACACCUCCCUGUAUGAUGAAGAAAAGGCUGCCAGAGAUGAGCCAAUCCACAUCCUGAAUGUGGCCAUCAAGACGGACUGUGACAUCGAGGACGACGGGCUGGCGGCCAUAUUCAGAGAGUUUACCCAGUGCAAGAAAGCCGUCCUCAUAGAACAUGGGAUCCGUCGACUUACUUUCCUGGUUGCACAAAAGGAUUUCAGAAAGCAGGUCAACUAUGAGGUGGAUCAAAGAUUUCAUAGAGAGUUCCCCAAAUUUUUCACGUUCCGAGCAAGAGAUAAGUUUGAGGAGGAUCGCAUCUAUCGACACUUAGAGCCCGCACUGGCUUUUCAGCUGGAGCUAAACCGCAUGCGAAACUUCGACCUCACUGCCAUCCCGUGCGCCAAUCAUAAGAUGCACUUGUACCUGGGGGCAGCCAAGGUGGAAGUGGGUAUAGAAGUUACCGACUACAGGUUCUUCGUGAGGGCGAUCAUCAGGCAUUCUGACCUGGUCACCAAGGAAGCCUCCUUUGAGUAUCUGCAGAACGAAGGAGAGCGCCUGCUCCUGGAAGCCAUGGAUGAGCUGGAGGUUGCUUUCAACAACACAAACGUCCGCACCGACUGCAACCACAUCUUCCUCAACUUUGUGCCCACCGUCAUCAUGGACCCCUCCAAGAUCGAGGAGUCGGUGCGGAGUAUGGUGAUGCGCUACGGGAGUCGGCUCUGGAAACUCCGAGUCCUUCAGGCGGAACUGAAAAUCAACAUUCGCCUGACUCCGACCGGAAAAGCGAUUCCCAUCCGCCUCUUCCUAACCAAUGAGUCCGGCUAUUACUUGGACAUUAGCCUUUACAAGGAAGUGACCGACUCCAGGACAGCACAGAUUAUGUUCCAGGCCUACGGAGACAAACAGGGACCACUGCAUGGCAUGCUGAUCAAUACUCCCUACGUGACCAAGGACCUACUGCAGUCUAAGCGGUUUCAGGCCCAGACCUUAGGAACGACCUACAUCUAUGACAUUCCGGAGAUGUUUCGACAGUCGCUGCUUAAACUCUGGGAGUCCAUGGCCGCUCAGGCAUUCCUGCCCUCACCGCCCCUACCUUCCGACAUACUGACGUAUACCGAACUGGUGUUGGACGAUCAAGGUCAGCUAGUACAUAUGAACAGGCUUCCAGGAGGAAAUGAGAUUGGCAUGGUAGCCUGGAAAAUGACGCUUAAGAGCCCCGAGUACCCAGAGGGCAGAGACAUCAUUGUUAUCGGCAACGACAUCACUUACCGAAUCGGUUCCUUUGGGCCGCAGGAGGACAUCUUGUUUCUGAGGGCCUCUGAGCUUGCCAGAGCGCAAGGCAUCCCCCGCAUUUACGUGGCGGCGAAUAGCGGAGCGAGAAUAGGAUUAGCCGAAGAGAUCCGCCACAUGUUUCACGUGGCUUGGGUGGAUCCUGCCGAUCCAUACAAGGGAUACAAGUACUUGUAUCUGACUCCUCAAGAUUACAAGAAAGUCAGUGCCCUGAACUCGGUUCACUGUGAGCAUGUGGAGGAUGAAGGAGAAUCCAGGUACAAGAUAACGGAUAUUAUCGGGAAGGAAGAAGGCCUUGGAGCAGAGAACCUGAGAGGCUCUGGGAUGAUUGCUGGAGAAUCCUCAUUGGCCUACGACAAGAUAAUCACCAUCAGCUUGGUUUCAUGUCGGGCCAUUGGGAUUGGGGCGUAUCUUGUCCGAUUAGCCCAGAGAACUAUCCAGGUUGAGAACUCACAUUUGAUUUUGACCGGAGCUGCAGCCCUUAAUAAAGUGCUUGGACGGGAGGUGUAUACCUCCAACAAUCAGCUUGGGGGCAUCCAGAUUAUGCACAACAAUGGGGUGACGCAUAGCACUGUGUGCGAUGACUUUGAAGGGGUUCUGACCAUCCUCCACUGGCUAUCCUACAUGCCGAAGAACGUAUACAGUCCAGUUCCUAUGCUCAACUCCAAGGAUCCUAUAGACCGAAUCAUUGAAUUUGUCCCUACCAAAGCCCCAUAUGAUCCCCGCUGGAUGCUGGCAGGACGGCCACACCCAGGCCAGAAAGGCCAGUGGCUGAGUGGAUUUUUUGACUACGGCUCCUUCUCGGAGAUUAUGCAACCUUGGGCCCAGACCGUAGUGGUUGGUCGAGCCAGGCUGGGAGGAAUACCUGUAGGAGUGGUUGCCGUAGAAACCAGAACGGUGGAGCUAAGUAUCCCAGCUGAUCCUGCAAACCUGGAUUCUGAGGCCAAGAUCAUCCAACAGGCUGGCCAGGUUUGGUUCCCAGACUCGGCCUUCAAGACGUAUCAAGCUAUCAAGGACUUCAACCGGGAGGGGCUGCCUCUGAUGGUGUUUGCCAACUGGAGAGGUUUUUCUGGUGGAAUGAAAGACAUGUACGACCAGGUGCUGAAGUUCGGCGCCUACAUCGUGGACGGCUUACGCGAGUGCUCUCAGCCGGUCCUGGUUUACAUCCCUCCUCAGGCCGAGCUCCGGGGAGGGUCCUGGGUCGUCAUCGAUCCCACCAUCAACCCCCGGCACAUGGAGAUGUACGCGGACCGGGAAAGCAGGGGAUCGGUCCUGGAACCAGAGGGGACGGUGGAAAUCAAAUUCCGCAAAAAGGAUUUGGUGAAGACCAUGCGCCGAGUGGACCCAGUCUACAUCCACCUGGCGGAGCGUCUAGGCACCCCAGAGCUCAGCCCCGCCGAGCGGAAGGAGCUGGAAGCCAAGCUGAAGGAGCGGGAGGAAUUCCUCACUCCCAUCUACCACCAGGUCGCCGUGCAGUUUGCCGACUUGCAUGACACGCCGGGCCGGAUGCAGGAGAAGGGGGUCAUUAACGAUAUCCUGGACUGGAAAACCUCCCGGACCUUCUUCUACUGGAGACUGAGGCGCCUCUUGCUGGAGGACUUGGUGAAGAAGAAGAUCCACGACGCCAACCCCGAGUUGACGGACGGACAGAUCCAAGCCAUGUUGAGGCGCUGGUUUGUGGAAGUCGAGGGAACGGUAAAGGCCUACGUGUGGGACAACAACAAGGAUCUGGUGGAGUGGCUGGAGAAGCAGCUAAAUGAAGAGGAGGGCGCCCGCUCGGUGGUCGACGAAAACAUCAAGUACAUCUCCAGAGAUUACAUACUCAAGCAGAUCCGUAGCUUGGUGCAGGCCAAUCCGGAGGUGGCCAUGGAUUCCAUCGUCCACAUGACCCAACACAUCUCGCCGACUCAACGCGCGGAAGUGGUGCGGAUCCUCUCGACGAUGGAUUCCCCUCCUUCGACGUAGGGCCGGCAGGGGCCCGCCUGCCUCCCUCCGCCCCAUCCCGUCCGUCCCUCCCUCCGCCCCUCCCCUCUGUACGGUGACCGGGGCUAGCGGCGGCCCCGCUCCUCGGCUGGGAUUGCCGUAGAGAGGGGAGGAAGCAAAUCGCAGCACUGAACUGAACGAGUGGCAUUUUACCUCCCUUUGGGACUAUCUCUGGGUAGCCCGGAUGUCGAACGGGCCCCAGAGAGCUUCGCCGGGACUGGGACGAAGGUCCCGUAAGGUAUUUAUUGAACAGAAAUCGCUCCCGCAACCGCCGUCCGGCCACACUUGAAUGGGAGAAGGCAAUGAAGGGUACAGAUCGGUGCCCUGAGGCCUUACCAGCGAUGUGUGAGCCGGGGCUCCGGACCAGGCUUCCUCCCACCCCCACGCGGGAGCUUUCAUCCCGGAACGGUUGCGGCGGCGACGAGGAAACUCCACUUUGGUCUCAUCUCAUGGUGUCGUGGGGGCCCCGGGCCUCACCGGGUCCCCAUUUGGUUUCUGCUUUUUUUUUUUUUUUUUUUUUUACCCUAUGACAAGAAUAACUGGAACUCAAAAGACUGACCACAGGCUCCAGGGGAGCCGAGGGCAAUAGCAAUCAUGGAAAUGGGGAGGGGGAAGGGAGAAAGGAGGCAGUAGUGACAGUGAAAGAAAUACGAGGGCCUUGCCCCCCCCACUGCCGCCAGUAAGUCGUCACUGGUCGAGCAGGCGCGGGGACGUCUCCGUACUGGGCCCCGGGCAGCCGCGUCAUCCCCGGCACUCUAGGUCUGGCCCCGAGAAAAAGCGGUCAGACCCAGUUCCCGGAGGCUUGGCAUGCACGGGCUUCGGCCUGCCCACCCUUGGCCGUUGCCCGGGAGGGAAGGGGGCCGGCUUUUCCAUUUCAGAACAGUUCAGCACUUGGCAGCCGACCCAGUGGCGUUCCUGGCCCCACCACCCCCGGCCUCGCUUGCUAGAAUCGGCGGCUGCCCUGCGCCCCAUCCCCUUUCCCACCUUAGGAUCUGAGGGAGGGGAAUUUUCAGGAGCCGAACGACAGGAAGAUGAAACGUGUCCCAACAAGGCUGGGGCAGGGGAACCUUCCCGAGGGGAACGGAGCCCUCCUUGCCUCUCUUUUUCCGAAUCGAGCGGUAGCGGGUGCUGCUGCCUGUUUCUAAGGUUAGUGGUCCUCUCCCCUUCCCCUCUCCCGCUGCCUGAUGCUCUGGUUGAGGAAGGAGUGUUAACUUUCAGUUGAAUGAGAUCUUACCUUGUACUGGGUAUCUGGAAUAUCCCAGGGGCAGCAGUGGUAUUCCCUAAUUUUAACCUAAAGAAGAGAGAGUGAGGGUUUCACACAGGAGGCAACAGCUACCAUUGGAUGAUGGCUGAUUUUUCAAAAUGGUAUCGUAAGUGCUGGCAAAGGAGGAAACGGCAAAGACGUCGUUUCCGAAGCAGGCAGUUGCAUUUACGAGCUGCAACUCUGCGCCUUAACUCUACAAUUUAAAUUUAACAACAAAAAAGCCACCGGCAACACUGAUGUCUUACCUUCAGACCACCAUUUCUGCCCCUCUGCAGUGACAACUGGAUCUAAGCUAGUCGCCAGCCGACCAGUGGGUCUCCAUCUGCCGGGCAGCAGGGGCGCCUCGACCUCCGCUGCCCAUACGUGUCCUCACCACCUUCGGCACUGGCCGGGAAAAGCAGGUCUGUCGGGUCCGAACGAACCAGGACGACCAGUGGAGGACAGAUACUGCCCCGAAGUGUCCGACGACCUUCGGCACCGAAAAACUAAAGGUGAUGUCGGUUCCGUCCCGUCGAGGAAGACGGGUAAAGGACAGUUACUGACAGAAAGCAUCCGAGUCGAUCAAGUGCUCAAAAGGAUUUCGGUUGUGAACCGUCUGGUUUUUGGGCUGCUGGGUUUUUUUUUUGACAAGUUACAGAAAAGAGCUUAACACACGCUGCUGCAUAAAAUUCAACCCCACCUUUAAGGAGCGUGAACUACCCCUUUACCGUAAAGUAAUGCUCUUACAACAAGCUGGUGCUAUCGUAUUUUCUCAAGGCCUGCACACACAACUCCUGGGUCUGAUUUUUCACUCACCCGAAGUUACGGCACAUCACAAAGGCUUCGAAGUAACGAACGUCAAAUGAGCUGGAUAAAAGCAGUACACGGGACUGGGAAUUUUUUUUUUUUUUUUUUCAAAUGAGGAAGAGCAGGGAGAAAAGUCUCCUAUGUGAGAUGUCAAAAUAAUGUCGCUACCCAUCAGAUACAGGUUUACUGAGGCAAAGAGAUUACAAAUGAUGUAUUGACCAGAACUUGCUCAAACCAAGACUGUCACCACCCCCCUUUUCAUUCUGUUCAUAAAGCAACGUUCACUUGUCUCGACAGAAAAUUCAAGUGGAUACGUAUCCAAGGGGGAAUGGAGGGGCUUCAGACAAUGCAUUCUUAGUACAUUAUUUUCCUGAAAUAAAUCAAUAGAGUAAUAGACAAGGCCCAGCUUGUCAUAUCACAUUCAUCCUUGUGGUUACUCUCCUCUCUGCUCCAUUUUUGAUAGGGGGACGGUGCUGAGGUUCUUUUCCGCUCUCCCUUCUCCCCCAAACCACCCUCUACCUUGGGGGCAGAGGGAGGAAGAAGUGAGGAGGAGACAAGGAGCAGGUACUUGAUGUUCGACGUGUAAUGGCAGCCGAGGAGCCGCGACUGGACCUGUUUCUGACCUAUCUAGGAAUGAAAUAUCUUAGCAAAAAGUCAAACUCCACGAUUCGAAUCAAGUCUGAACCAGCAUGCAGGCUAUUGCCUGACCCGGGCCUCCUUGGUUUUAAGGCCACCUUUAAGCCACCAUCUCUCUGGUCAGGAGACAAGUUCAACCCGCCGUGAGCACAGGAGGAAAGGAAGACUUCAAAGAGAGGAAGUUGCUACCCAGAUAACCUGCUCUCUGUUGAAGCUGGGAUGCGCCCAUCUCGUUUCUGCGGCUCGCCCUGAUCUGGGGGCAGAGAGGGCACAGAUAGCGGUCCUCGGGCUGGCGGAAUCGUGAGGUGCGGCUGACUGACGCCAGAGGUGAGAAGCAGGAUCCACCCUGAAAUCAGCAUCACUGAGAACAUCACCGUGCGGGUAGGAGAGUAAGGGGGCGGGGAAAGAUGGUAAACAUCUACCCAACCCUGGCGAUCCUCAGAAAGCCUUUAGUUUCCGGCACCGGACCAAAUGGGCACGCGGCUUCUAACAGCCGGUACCCCGAAGGUGGCACCGCGGCAGAUGAUACCAAUUUUAUACGGCGGUUUCAAGCCAGCUUAUUCGUUUUAGCCGCUCAGGAUCGGAGAGCCGCUUUCUAAACUGUUAGGUUGGCAGUAGCUCCGCGGGCUAGCGGAAAAAUGUAUCUGGUCUAGGCGCUGGGAGGUCUGGGCUCACUGAUCUUCCCAGUAACUACUUGCUUUGGGGCCUCGGGCCACAAACCUUCCCCGGAGGGGGGUAGAGACCUGUGACAGUUGGGGCUCCGCGGAAGAAAGAUGAGGGCCUUUCCCAAGCUAUCCCCCGGAAUCAGCAGUAGCGCGUAGACAUUUAAGCCCUCCUCUCACCCACCCCAACUCGAGUUUUUACUGAAAAUAAUACAAAAGGUGGCUCGUGUAUCCAGGCGCCAAAAUCACUGUCGGAAAAUGAAAUGGGUUGGGCUAAAGCGAUAUAGAAUUCCAAUCUGGUUUGCUUCGAGCUGUUUCUUAAUUGGCAAUGUGGUCUUAAUUCAGUGCCAAGGGGAAAAACUGGGCCGGCUUACCUGUAGAGGAACCAGGAGACAACUGUUCUGGCCCUUCUCUGGCUCACUUAGAUAAGCAAUGAUUCACCACAGCCUACUAACCUUGGUGACCCUCCCUCCACCAAGAAGUCAAGCAAGCUUACCUGUGACAGGGAGGCUGAAAUGAUGCGGUUCUUAGCCCCGGUUGGUUCUGGGAGGAAGGGGAGCACUGUUACUUUGGAGAAGAUCAUGAAAUACUGUUAAUGCCUGUUCCUUUCAGGAAGCUGACUGACACGUAUAGAACUCUCUGCUGCUGCAGAGUCUCACUUACCUCACAAGUUUCUUUUAAUAAAAGAAAAUUUUAAAUCCA